GCUGAGUGUGUGCGCGUGUGUGUUGUUGUCUCACAUCCAUUAGUACUUUAGUAUGCAGGGUGUGUGUGUGUCUGUCUGGUGCGUGUGCGUGUGCCUGCUCCUCCACAGUGCUACUCCUCAGCCGCCACAAGAAAGCGACACCUACACGGAAUGCACGGAUGGCUAUCACUGGGACCCUCAGACGGACCACUGCAAAGAUAUAAACGAGUGCGAGACCAUUCCGGACGCCUGCAAGGGGGAGAUGAAAUGCUUCAACCACUACGGAGGCUACCUGUGCCUUCCACGCUCCGCCUCCGUCAUCCCGGCCCCGGAGCCCCCCGUCACGCCCACCGAGGCCUUCAACCCCUGCCCUCUGGGCUACGAGCCGCAGGGCGACAGCUGCCUGGACGUGGACGAGUGCGAGCGGGAUGAAGACGACUGCCAGCCCAGCCAGCAGUGCAUCAACACCCUGGGAGCCUUCACCUGUCAGUGCCCCGACGGAUACCGCAAAGUGGGCACCGAGUGCAUCGACAUCGAUGAGUGCAGGUACAGAUACUGCCAGCAUCGCUGCGUCAACGUGCCCGGCUCCUUCUCCUGCCAGUGUGAGCCCGGCUUCCAGCUGGCGGGAAACAACCGAUCCUGCAUCGACGUGAACGAGUGUGACAUGGGUGCUCCCUGCUCCCAGAGGUGCUACAACACCUACGGCACCUUCCUGUGUCGCUGUGACCACGGCUACGAGCUCGGCCCGGACGGCUUCGCCUGCAACGACGUGGACGAGUGCAGCUACUCCAGCUACCUGUGCCAGCACCGCUGUGUCAAUGAGCCGGGCAAGUUCUCCUGCGUCUGCCCCGAGGGAUACCAGCUGCAAGGCACUCGACUCUGCCAGGAUGUCAACGAGUGCGAGGCGGGAGAACAUCAGUGCACCGACACCCAGACCUGCGUCAACCUGCACGGACGCUACCAGUGUGUGGACUCUGACCGCUGCCAGGAUCCUUACGUGCAGGUGUCCGAGAAUCGCUGCGUGUGUCCCGUCACCAAGCCCGGCUGCAGAGACCUACCUUUCUCCAUCGUCCACCGCUACAUGAGCAUCACUUCGGAGCGCUCCGUGCCCUCGGACAUCUUCCAGAUCCAGGCCACCAGCGUGUCCCCGGGAGCGUACAACACCUUCAGGAUCCGCUCGGGCGACGACAACGGCGACUUCUACAUCAGGCAAAUCAACAACAUCAGCGCCAUGCUGGUCCUGGCCCGGGCCGUCUCAGGACCCAGGGAGUACACGCUGGACCUGGAGAUGGUGUCGGUCAACCCGCUGCUCAGCUACCAGGGCAGCUACCAGAGCAGCUCCGCCCUCAGACUCUCCAUCUACAUCGGGCCAUACACCUUCUAGAGGAGAGAAGAGGAAAAAAACUGUGACAUUAUUCAGUGAAAUACCAAACAUGUUCUUCUGUGUUUAUGUUGUGCUUUAACUCGUGUUGCCUUCAGGUGCCCUCGUUCACUCCAACGCUCCUUUAACACACAUCCCCUUUUCUUUUCCGUUUUUAAUCCCGCUCAGCCUCGCCCUCAACCACUCACUUUCACCUCCUAACUUUGUCACUUUGUCUUUGUACUUUUUUUCCAACUCCAAUAAAACAAUAUACCAUUGA